CUCUCCGUCGAUCCUCGCCAGUCAACUUCUGGCACUGGUGGAAGGCAGACAUUGCUCACGCGCUCUCCCUUUCAAUCUCUCCUUGCACGCCUAGCAGUAACCCUGUUUUUGGUAUGUCAAUCUACCCGUUCCCUCGUCGUUAUUACGAUCAAUAUAUUCCCAAAUGAACCGAAAACGGGAUUGAUUCUUUAAAAACUGUCGGAUCUCGAGUAGGAGGUCCAUGAAACUCACGCCACAUUCAAGAGCGGAUCUCCAGAACGCUCUGCCGGCCAAGGAGAGAAAGGUUGUUUUGAUAGAGCCAGUGUUGUGAAGUGCUUCUUGGGUUGUUUGGUGUUUAGCUGAGGGUGAACUUUCGGGAUGUAUAUUGUGUGUGUGCGCGGCUAAGGAAUUUACCUCCAAAUCAUCGUUUAGAGAAGGAUGUAGGAUUCUCCACCAUGUUAUUCUUGGUGGCUUACUUCGCUCUCGCGACGACGCUCGUCUUCGCUCUCCCCCAAGACCUCCCCCCGGGUGGCAUACCGGACUCUAACGAACAUCGCUACGGCGGAAUCGAAUCUGGACAGUCCUCGGACUCGACGGGAGCGUCUCUCUCUUCCCUCUGGUCCUUCAGCACAGUCACUGAAGAUAGGUACGACCACGCACUCCACGGCGACCAGCACGAACUCACGCCCUACUUCCAAGACUACGAAAACGAGACGAACAUCACAGCCCAGCUCGGCUCCACUGCUUACCUCAACUGCCGCGUCAACAGACUUCGCGAUAAGACGGUGUCAUGGAUGCGGAGAGAUGGAGACAACAUCAAGCUGCUAACGUGGGGUCUCCAUACCUAUAGUAAUGAUGCCAGAUAUUCCCUGAAUUUUGAACACCCAAACAACUGGAAGCUACAAAUUAAAUACACACAGAGGAGGGACCAAGGUAGCUACGAGUGCCAAGUGUCAACACACCCCCCUAAAGUCUUGUAUGUUCGACUCAACAUUGUGGCCCCCGUGGUGGAGAUCAUCGACGAGCGCGGGUCCAGCGUGCUCGAAAAGUUCUACAAGACGGGCAGCACCAUCGAACUCAAGUGCACCAUCAGCCAGAUGCCCCAAGCACAGACGUUCAUCCUGUGGCGCCACGGUGACCACAUGCUCAACUACGACACGUCCAGGGGCGGCAUCAGCGUGAAAACCGACAUGAGCAGUUCAGUUAUAGUGUCCACCCUGUUCAUCGCAAACGCUACUCCACGCGACUCCGGCAACUACACCUGUUCGUUGGGCGAUGUAGCCACGGGCAGUGUUCUCGUGCACGUGCUGAACGCAGGCGAGCACCCAGAGGCCAUGCAGCAAGGUUCGGGUACGAAGGACCUCUUCUCCCUCUUCCACGUGGUCCUGCUCGCCAUCGCCACCACCAUAUUCAACACAAUCUACCCUACCCACGGCAGAUGAUCUCUCGGAGGGGCAAGUCACUCCAGGAAUGCCCCAGCUGGCCUGUGAGGUCAGCUGAGGUCGGAUCGUACUUGGCGUGGGAGCAAGAAAUUAAAAAGGUAGUCACGUGAUAUGAUAGAAGGGAUUACAUUGCUUGCUUUACCACCAAGAACGCCAACCCAUGAUGAUCUGGCUCCAAGUGAAGUAUUUCAUUAAGUGUGUAAGGUAAUCGAACUCCAUAAUUUUAAGGGUAACAAAGGCAGUUUAUUUCGAGGUCAAACUUCAAUGUCCUUCAUGGAGAGACUCAGUAAUGUCUCUCUGUCCGCCCCCUCCCCCUUUCCCCUCCCCCUUUCCCCUCCCCCUGUCCAAAUCUCCCUAUGCUAGAAAUAUCAUAACCUUGAAUCCAUCUUAUCCAGUAUCCAAACAGAGAUUAAAACCAAGAAUAGAAGUGUACGGGAUUUAACUCAAAUUAUUAUUUUUUAAAUCCUAGAAAGUGAAACUAAAGCGUUCUUCCAGACCUUACUGCACGCAAGGAGGUAGCUGACCGUGGUUGAGCUCGCGUGCACAGGUCAGACCAAGCUGCGAGUGGGUGACCUCUUGUAAACAAAAUAAGCAAGUCAGGCGGAGACGGAGUUGUAGGAAA